AUGCUCGGAUAUCUCACCAGUCGCUGGCAGGCGUCCGCCGACUCCAAAAAAACCAGUCCCGGCUGGUACGACCGCAAUGUCUCCCCGAUCCUCCUCGCCGUGUCCAAGAAGGCAUGCACGCACCCCAUCCACACCAUUGUGACGAUUGCCUUUGUCGCCAGCUACUCGUACCUCGGCGUGCUGGACAAGGGCCUGCUGGAGAGGGACUCGGAUGCUGUGCCGGGCCGCGUCGACUUCCAGACGCUGCUGGCGGGCAGCAAGAACCUGAGGAUUGGCGAGGAGACGUCGUGGCAGUGGGAAGCCGCACAGGGCCGUACCAGCGCCAGCGCCAGUGCCCCCACGGACCAGCAAGAGUUCGCUCUCGUUACCCUCGUCUUCCCCGAGACCAGCACCCUCAACUCGGCACCUUCGCAAAACGCCCUCCCCGCCAAUGUCUCCGCCAAACUCCUACCCAGCUCCUCGAGCUCCUUCUCCACUCUCUCUCACGACACCUCGCUCGCCUUCUCCGUCCCCUACUCCGAGGCUGCCGACUUCCUGCUCGCCAUGCAGGAGAUGCCUGCGCCAGCUGACGCCGCCGACAGCCAGGGCUCGGACAAAGAGGGCACGCGCGAGGACAAGAAGUGGAUGAUGCGCGCCUCCAAGAACGGCAACACCCCGGGAGGUAUUCGCAACUGGGUCCUCGAGUCUUGGACCUCGUUUGUCGACUUGCUCAAGAAUGCUGACACCGGCGACAUCGUCAUCAUGGCUUUGGGAUACCUGGCCAUGCAUCUGACAUUUGUUUCGCUCUUCCUCGCCAUGAGGCGCCUUGGUUCCAACUUCUGGCUUGCCACAGCUGUGUUGCUCCAAUCAGCUUUCGCGUUCCUAUUCGCCCUCGCCAUUACCCUCUACCUCGGCGUGCCCAUCAACAUGAUUCUCCUUUCCGAAGGUCUCCCGUUCUUGGUAGUCAUCAUUGGAUUCGAGAAGCCCAUCGUUCUUACCAAAGCCGUGCUUUCUGCCUCCAUGGACGCACGCCGCGCCACGGAAGAGAACAACCGCGGCGAGGCUCUUACCAUUCAGUCUGCCGUGCAGAUUGCCAUCAAAAGGACUGGUUUCGAGAUUGUUCGUGACUACUUCUUUGAGAUCCUCAUUCUGGUCGCGGGAGCCAUGUCUGGUAUUCAGGGUGGUCUCCGCCAAUUCUGCUUCCUCGGAGCAUGGAUCCUUCUCUUUGACUCUCUCAUGCUCCUGACUUUCUACACUGCCAUUCUCACCAUCAAGCUCGAGAUCAAUCGCAUCAAGCGUCACGUGGCUCUCCGCAGAGCCCUGGAGGAUGAUGGUGUCGACGGCAAGGUGGCCGAGACCGUUGCCCGAAACAACGACUGGCCGAAUGACAGGGAUGUCCAGCUUCGCAGCAGCUCCACCACGACAGUAUUCGGCAAGAAGAUUACUGUGCCCAAGUUCAAGGUUCUCAUGGUUGCUGGCUUCGUCCUGGUCAACGUUCUCAAUGUUGCUACUUUCCGCUUUGGCCUUACACCAGGCAAAGUGGCUCAUGUUUCCGGUGUUGGCGCGACACCGCCUCUGGAUCCGUUCAAGGUUGCUGGUAGUGGGCUUGACCACAUUCGCGAGCAAGCAAAGAGCGCAGGAACAUCGGUCCAUUGUCACUGUCUUGAUGCCCAUCAAUGGAUGGCGACUCCACCUUUGGUGCCAAUAUCAGUACUCACAUUGUUGACGGCGUUCUCAAGAGCAAUGGAAGAUCCUUUUCUUAGCAAAUGGAUCAUUGCCGCUCUUGUCAUGAGCGUAGUUCUUAACGGCUACCUCUUCAAUGCUGCUCGAUGGACCAUCAAGGAGCCCCACAAGCCGCUUGAGCCUCCUUCGCCGUCAGAGGUUCAAGAUGGUGCUCCUUCUCUCGCGCCUUCUCAUACUCCUACCGGUCCGUCAGAGGAGCAGCAAAGGCAGCCUAACCGUCCCAUGGAAUUCCUGGAGCAGAGACUGAAGGAGAAAAACGCUCCUUCGCUCACUGACGAGGAGUUGAUUGAGCUUAGUGUCAAGGGUAAAAUCCCUGGAUAUGCUCUUGAGAAGACACUUGGUGACAAGACUCGUGCGGUCAAGAUUCGACGAGGUCUCGUUGCACGCACACAUGCUACACGCGAGACAUCGACAUUACUGGAACGAUCUCUCCUCCCAUACAAGGAUUACAACUACGACCUUGUACACGGCGCUUGCUGCGAAAACGUAGUGGGCUACUUACCCCUGCCUCUUGGUGUGGCCGGGCCUAUACUCGUCGAUGGGCAGAACUACUUCUUACCGAUGGCUACCACCGAAGGUGUGCUUGUCGCAUCAACAUCGAGAGGUGCCAAGGCUAUCAAUGCUGGUGGAGGUGCGAUAACUGUAGUAACUGGAGACGGCAUGACCCGUGGGCCUUGCAUUGGCUUCGACUCGUUGACCCGUGCCGGUGCUGCUAAAAAUUGGCUGGAUUCGGAUGAAGGCCAAAAGACCAUGAAGGACGCAUUCAACUCAACAUCGCGCUUCGCACGACUCCGGUCAAUGAAGAGCGCUAUCGCAGGAACCAACAUCUAUGUUCGUUUCCGUGCUACUACGGGCGACGCCAUGGGCAUGAACAUGAUUUCCAAGGGUGUUGAACAUGCUUUGAACGUCAUGGCUAAUGACUGUGGCUUCGACGACAUGAGAGUGGUCACUGUGUCUGGAAACUACUGUACCGACAAGAAAGCCGCAGCAAUCAACUGGAUCGAUGGCCGUGGCAAGGGUGUCGUCGCCGAGGCCACUAUUCCUGGCAAAGUCGUCAACAGCGUACUCAAGUGCGAGGUUGAAGAUCUAGUGCAGAUGAACAUUUCCAAGAACCUGAUCGGUAGUGCCAUGGCCGGUGCCAUGGGUGGAUUCAAUGCUCACGCAGCCAACAUUGUAGCUGCAAUCUUCCUUGCUACCGGGCAGGAUCCAGCUCAAGUUGUCGAAUCUGCCAACUGCAUUACCAUCAUGAACAAUGUGAACGGCAACCUCCAAAUCUCCGUCUCCAUGCCCUCAAUCGAAGUCGGCACUAUCGGUGGCGGCACAAUCCUCGAGCCCCAAUCUGCCAUGCUCGACCUCCUCGGUGUACGUGGCGCACACCAAACCUCACCCGGCGACAAUGCAAGACAACUAGCUCGCGUCAUUGCCGCAGGCGUACUUGCGGGUGAAUUGAGUUUGAACAGCGCACUAUGCGCCGGCCACCUUGUCAAAGCACACAUGGCACACAACAGAAGUAAUGUCCCGUCCACAGCGCCUACGCCGGGAACGCAGACACCCGUCACCCCUGGCACGGGCAUGCUGCCGCUUACGAGUGCUAGCGGGCCGGCGCCGAAGCGGUAGACUGGCAUGUUUGUUAUGUUGAAACCCUUUUUGUUUUACUACUGUGUAAAUGCAUCAGUGUACAUUCGCUUGCUUGGCAUUGCGAUAGAUUUACUUAAUAUGACAAUUCAAAAUAUUCAAACAA